AUGGCUGAAUCGGACGAGCCAUGUUUCACUGACGAGUUCGUCACCGGACUUGAACACUUGAUCAAGGUUGACUUUCGAAAGCAAUGUCGUCGCGAUGAAAAUGGCCGACACUGCCCAGCUGUCAACCCCGGCAAAGAGCGAACUGUGCCUGACGAUUUGCAAUAA